GUCAUAUAGCUAGGUUGGCGAUGAUGAUGAUGUGUCAUUUUGGGCCCUGACAACUCUGAUACAUCUGAAUCCACCGGAGUUUGGACGUGAACCGUACUGGUUGACUGCAUGAACUGUAUCUUUAGAAACCCAGUCGGGGUAUAUUUUCAGGGCCAAUCUUACAAAGCAGUCGCUGAGUGGUUUAGAGUGCAGAUAUGAUUGGGUGGUCUCAUGUCGCCCUAGCCAUGGGCUUACUGCACUCCACAUUAUCGGGGUACGGUGAAAGACAAACCUCCGUUCCGACGCCCACGUACAGUCCGAAGCGCGCGUCUGACUGUUUUUUCUAACUUCUAUAUUGAGUAUAGGCAGAACUUUGCUCACGUCACUCUUUAGCCCUCGUUAUUGAAGUUAAUUUAGAAAUGAACUUCUCCCGCACUCAUUUUUGACUCAUUGCAGUGAUAUUCCUCUGUUAAAGCUUCCAGUUCUUCCACAGAGCAUUGGGAUUCAUUUGACAUCCACAGUCGCUUCUAUCCAUAUUUGACCCUUACCCUCCACGAAUCCACGACAAUGAGGAGAUCCGCGUCCAAGGAGAGCGUCGGCGCUGCGGCUCACAAACAAGAUGGAGCAUCAUCAGUAGUUUCCUACCUGGCAAACACGCUGCUGAAAGAGAAGGCCGUGGAGCCCACCCCCGCCACCAGCGACGACGAAUCCAGCGGUGAAAACAUCUUCUACCUAGCCUAUGGCUCCAACCUAGCCAGGAAAACCUUCCUCGGGAUGCGCGGCAUCAGGCCGCUCUCCCAGAAGAACGUCCACUGCCCCUCCCUAACGCUCACCUUCGACCUGGGCGGCUUCCCCUACCUCGAGCCCUGCUUCGCCAACACACGUUACACCACUGAUGUCCCCCCACCCGGACCCCCGGGAGUCGAUUACCACAAGACGCACUGGAAGAAGGGGGUCGUGGGCGUUGUAUACGAGGUCACACAGCAGGAUUUCCUGAAGAUCAUGGCCACUGAGGGCGGCGGCGCAAGCUACCAAGACGUUAUCGUCCCCUGCUACCCCCUCGAAUCCGAUAUCAGCGUGGUCCCUGAGGUACCCACCGGCGAGCCCUUCGACGCACACACUCUCUACUGCCCAUGGCGGCCCGGCGGACUGAAUCGCCCUGAUCCGAACCACGCACAGCCGUCACCGCGUUACAUGAACCUCCUCACCUCCGGCGCGGCAGAGCACAACCUGCCCGACGAAUACCGUGAAUACCUUGCCCAGAUCCGACCAUACGUGGCGACGAGCACGAGGCAGAAGAUUGGGCGGAUAGCGUUUGCGGUGGUGUGGGCGCCGAUAUUCCUGCCGAUCAUGAUGAUCAGCAGGAAGCUGGUGGACGAUAAGGGGGUGGCGCCGGGCUGGUUCAAGGCGAUUAUGGAUGGGCUUAAGGUGGCGAUGUGGGGGAGUUAUGAUAUUUUUUAUAGGCGGAUAUAUGGGGAGGGUGAGAGGACGGUGGAGAGUGAGCGGCCGCCGAGGUUUGCGGAGGAGAAGGAUGAGGUUAGGCCGAAGAUUUUGGAGGAUAAGAUGAGGGAUUUGCAGGGUGUUUUGGAGGAGUGUGGGGAAUGAUUUGUUGGAUAUAUGUAGAGCAGCUGCGACUAUUUUGGACGUUAUCUUUAGCCUGUUGUUGAUAGCAUUGUAAAUAUAUCACGAUAUGUUUUUUCAAAAU